UUCUGAGUUCAUUAUCUUUAGUUCUCAAUCUUGCCUAGUUUUGAGCACCGCGCUCUCUAAUCUCUACUCCCACCCGCUGUCAUGCUCGCUUCUCUCUGAAUAUCUCUCCCUUGCAUCUUCUCUCUGGCAAAUCAAAAGGCCUUCCUUCCUUCCUUCCACGAGAAAGAGCUGAGACCGGGGCUGGACCUUCUUCGUCCGCGUGGUCUCGUAGGUGUUCCCUCGGGUCACGCAGGCCAUCAUCCUGAACAUUUGCCUUCAGGAGUCAAACACGGCCUCCCAACCCUUCCUUGCUGCUCUUUUCAUCAGAGGUUCAGUUUGGCGCCUCUUCAGAUCAGUAUAGCUGCAAGUUUCGCAUCAGCUCCUUUUCUUUUCGAACGGGGAAACCCCCCAAUUUUCUUUAUACAAUUUGAUUAGAAACAGGAUGGAAGGAGGAAAAGCAGUUACCUGGAUUCUUCUGUUGAUAUCUGUCUUCUUUCAACAAACAGUAUCCCAGGAUAUUGGGGAAUCUGGAGCUGUAAGAACUCUCAAGCAAGAAGAGGAGCACAUUCAUGAACUACAUUGUUCCAGGGAAAGAAGUAGGGCAGCGUGGCAGAUUAUAGAGGAUCAUUUGGUGCCAUUCAUGGAAAGAGAAAAAUAUGAACUUUCAAGAAAAUGUAGACUUCAUCGCAACAAUGAUAUGUUUAGAGAUCAGGAGGAACACAAGAUUCAUGUGGAUAUAAAUGAAUGGCGGUGUGGAUACUGUAAAAAAAGCUUCCGUGCUGAAAAAUUCCUUGAUCAGCAUUUUGACAACAGACACUACAAUCUUCUGAACAUUACUCAUUCCAAGUGCUUGGCCGACUUAUGUGGUGCACUGCAUUGUGAUUUUGUUUUAAAAUCAAAGACACCAAAGACCAAGUGCAACCCUGCAGCUAUUGCAAAAAAUCGCCACCUUUGUGAGAGUCUUGCAGAUAGCUGCUUUCCAAUUAAUCAGGGUCUCUCAGCAAGUCGUCUUCAUGAAUUGUUUUUGCGCCAAUUUUGUGAUGCUCACACUUGCUCGGGGAAGAGAAAACUUUUUCCUAGAGGUGGCAAGAAGCAAUCAAGUGUUUUGUACCUUGCUAUUGCAAUACUGAGUAUGAUGCUGCUCCCUGUUUUCUAUCUGGUGGUCUGUUUGCAUCAAAGAGAGAUGAGGAAGGGAACUCAAGAGCUCCAGCGAAUAUCGCACAUUGGACGGAAAACAAAGCCUUCAUAGGUCUUGUUUCCAAGAGGCAUGAAUGCUUAAGUGGUAAGGAUGACCUAUCAUCCUCCUUUGGGAGAGUUAGCAUGUACUCUGUCUGUUUAGCAAGGAGGAGGGGGUUUGAGCAGGCUAGCUUUUAUCUUUUGGGCAUAUCCUAUGUGUUGUCCUGGCCUAUGACCCUGCUAAAUAGACCUGAACAGCACAAGGAUGAUAUGAUAUUGCUGGGUCCUUGUUCAUAUCGAUGCUAUAUUCCUGGCAGAAUGUUCUUUAUAAGUUGGCCGCUACACAAGAGUGCUCAUAAUUGCAGUCAAUAACCUUUAUGA